AUGCAGACAAAGCAGGACGAGGGAAGACAGUGUUGUAGUGAUCAAGCGGUGGUAGCUCUAAUUAGCACGGAUCAUGAAUCAGCGAAGGAAGAGAACACAAGGCGUGGACCAGAGGAGGUUAGGCCGGAGAUGGAGGUGUAUGAGAAAGGUCAUCAGGAUAAUGAUGAUGAUGGGUACAAGAACAACAAUAAGACAGAGUAUUUUGGUGGGUUUGACAAAGAAGCUGAUCACUUGAUGAACAUUGUGGGACCAGCUCCAGCUGAUAGUUGCUUGACAUCUUCUGAUGACUGGGGAGGUUUCAAAUCAGAUACUAAUCUCUUGGACCAAUCUAACAGCAAUUACCCUUGCUGGGAUUUUUGGUCAUGA